GUUAGUUCUAUCUUCCCUCACCGUCUCUGCGACUUUUAUAAUCAGCCUUUAAAUAGUUCUGCUUCUCAUUAACUACUUCUGCUUUCAUAUGAUCCAUGGAGAACGUCUCUGAAGUUUGCAGCUUUCCGGACCCAGAGAUGAAUCUGCCUCCGGGUUUCAGGUUCCACCCCACCGAUGAAGAGCUUAUCAGCCAUUACUUGUCCCCCAAGGCUUCUGACACCACUUUUUCUUCACCUGCUGUUGCUGAAGUUGAUUUCAACACAGUUGAACCCUGGGAUUUGCCUGGGAGGGCGAAAAUGGGAGAAAAAGAAUGGUAUUUCUUCUGUGUGAAAGACAGGAAAUACCCAACUGGACAAAGAACAAACAGAGCUACAAAGGCAGGGUAUUGGAAGGCAACAGGUAAAGAUAAGGCAAUUUUCAAGGUCAAAACCCUUGUGGGAAUGAAGAAGACUCUGGUCUUUUACAAAGGAAGAGCACCCAGAGGUUUGAAGACUAAUUGGGUCAUGCAUGAGUACAGAUUAGAGGGAAAGCAUUCCAUCCCAAAUGCCAAGAAUGAAUGGGUGAUAUGCAGAAUUUUCAAGAAGACUUCUGGCGGGAAUAAGAUUCAUAUCUCUUCUCUAAUGACAGAAGACUCAGAACCUUCACCUCUGCCUCCAUUAAUGGACAUGUCUCAGACAACGACCCCGCCGCACGUGACCUGCUUCUCCGACUCCAUGGAUGACGAGAAGCCUCAGAUCAACCCGACCCGUUCCGGGAAUUCGGAUUUAUCAGAUGUUCUUCUCCCCAGCCAAGCCAUGCCCUGUUGGGAGUCCUCUGUUUUCAGGCUCUGGCGCGAAAACAGUGGGUUUCAAACGAAGCAGGGUAACAAUGAAGAAGAAGAUAUGGUGAUGAGAUCAGGAGCUGGACCAGUGGACCUGGAAUGUCUGUGGAAUUAUUGAAUGGAUGAAAGGGGCUUAGAAGAGGGUAGUAGUGAUGUAUAUUAGCUGAGGAUGAAGCAGACAAAAACAGGUGUGUAGAUAGAUAGAUAAACAGGAGAAGGAAGGAAUGACAGAGAUGGUGAUUAGGUGUUAUUAUUAUUCCAUCAAUUUGUUGUUAUUGAUAUCUUGUAGUCAUUCAUCAAAUUGUCUGUAUUGAUAACUUGUUUUUACUCUUCAAUUGGCUGUUAAUGAUCAUUUGAUAUCUUGUUUUGCUUCAUUAAUUAACUGGAAUGUUAC